CGAGAACAAAACGAAGCAACACCAUUUCCGGUUCGUAAAGAGGGAAAGAUAAACCCCGAGCAGGCUCAGAGCCGGACUCAUUACCGUGACGCACACUCGGAAGCUAUCGGACGGAAACAAGAGAAGGAUGUGGCUGCUGUCGGUGCUGGUGCCUCUUUUCAAGCUGCAUUUCUCCAGAAUGAAAGUUCUUCUCUAUCAGACCAUUAACAGACGUUCUACGCUCUCAGGUGCUCAGUAAGUGAAGGCAUCAAAGUGGAUUGCUUACAAAAAGGAACCGAUGGAGGGUAAAAGUUCAGGACCUUCAUGCUCUGGACCCAAUCUGGUCGCGCACCCGCGGGCGAAAAGCAAAGUCUGGAAAUACUUUGGCUUUGACACCGACGCAUACGGCUGCAUAUUGCACUGGAAACGGAUUUACUGCCGUGUAUGCAUGAGUCAAAUCGCCUACUCUGGAAACACCUCCAAUCUUUCUUACCACCUUGAGAAGAACCACCCCGUAGAGUUCAGCGAGUUCGUGAAGAGCAACACGGAUCAGAUGCGAGAGGCGUUUGCCUCAGCGUUCUCCAGGAUAAAGACCGAGCCCACGGGUCCGCACGUUCAGCAGCAAUCCCAGGACCCCAACGUAAGGCAGAGCUCGGGCUAUGAAAACCGACGACACAAUGAUCUGACAACAGCUGUCAUCAACUUCAUCUGUGAGGGGUUGUACCCCGCGUCGGUCGUUGAAGAGCCUACUUUCAAGACUUUAAUGAGUACCGUCGACCCUGGGUACUCUCCACCGAGCAAAAGCGAGAUGGCAGUUAAAAUGCUUCCUCAGAUGUACUGCCGUGCCCGGGACAUGGUCUUCAGUGAACUUGCUGGGGUUGUGAACUGUGGCGUUACUACAGAUCUUUGGCAAAGCCAAACCCAGAACAGGUCGUACAUUUCGCUCUCUGUGCAUUCUGUGAAUUACAACAGUGCAACUGGCUUCUCUAUGACCAACAAGUGUCUUAAAACCUUCGAAGUACAAGAGGACAACACGGCGGAGAACAUCACAAGAGCGAUGUAUGAAGCAUUUGUCGAAUGGGGAAUAACCCAUAAGGUCAGCGGUGCCACCACAAACGGUUCAGUGGACAUCAUGAAAGCAUGCUCGCUCCUGGAGCUGUCGGUGGAAAUGCCUUGCCUCGGACAUACUGUCAAUCGCGCAAUAGAUGAAGCCUUCCGGCUGCCGCGCGUCAACAGCUUUUUGGGAUGUUGCCGCAAACUCAUCAAUCAUUUCCGAGAACCGGCAAUGUAUCUGCUAAGGGAUAAACAGAAGCAGCAUGGCCUCCCUCAGUGUGCACUCAUCACAGACCGAGGUAGAUCUUGGUUGGCCACGUUGGCAAUGUUACAGCGACUGAAAGAGCAACAGGUUGUUGUAACUGCAACGCUGGUAGAGAGUUCAAGCGCUCAUCAUUUCAGCUUUGAUGGCCCUGACUGGGCCUUGUUGGAGGGCUUGAUUUGCGUCCUCCAGCCUUUUAAAGUUGUGGCAAACAUGGUCACCUCUUGCAGGUACCCAACCAUUAGCAUGGUCAGGCCCGUGCUUCAUAUGCUGCUGAACACCACUCUUAAAGUCAAGGAAGGGGACCUCAAAGAGAUCAGCAUGACCAAAGAGGUCAUCUCGAAGGUCCUGUCAAACACCUAUUCGCAGAACACACACCUAUCGCAAGAAAUUUCCACGUUCCUCAACAUUGCGACAUUCUUGGAUCCUCGGUACAAGAAGCUGCCUUUCCUGUCCACUCAGGAACGCUCCAAAAUUGAGACUAACAUCAUCGAUGAGGCAAAAGCAGUCCUUGAGAAGCAGAUUGCCGAGCGACCGUGCCUAGGCGAAUUCUCCUUGACAUCAGACGAGCCACCUUGCAAAAAGCAGACGCCCCUACGAGAGUCUUCAGCCGGCAGUGCCACCCAAGACAACCCUUUGGCUGCCAUAUUUCGUCAGUCCGAUGCAGACCAGAGCCAGGAGGAGCUGCAUGCCCAGGUCGUAGAGGAGCUGAGCAACUACAAAUCCCAAAGAGUCCUAGGUCUGAAUGAAGACCCUUUGCUGUGGUGGUCGAGUCAUGCACCCUUGUUCCCCACCCUCCCCAAGGUGCUCCAGAAGUACUGGUGUGUUCCUGCCACCAGUGUCCCUCCUCACAGGCUGUUCAGUUCCUGCGGGACGGUCCUGUCUGGGAAAAGGAACCGCUUAGCCCCAGCUUUGGUAGAUCAGCAGGUCUUCUUGUAUGAGAACUCGCGGAACGGCUGUGAGCCUGAACCCUGUGAGGACGAUUUGGACAAUGAAGGAAGCGGUAAUCUGGGCCAGCAACUUGAGUGACUGGGCCGGAAAUUACAAAAAGUCAUAGUAUUUUGUGGACUUUACUCCAUGCAUGAGAUACAUUAAGAAAAAAUAUCAAGCUGUGUCAGUCGGUAAUGGAACCGUACUACCUUAACUAGGGCUGGGUAUUGUUUUGUUGUUUUGGCAUUUUAAGCCUUUAUGUGUAUAGGACAGCUUCUACUUGAAAAGGGAGAGAGAGGGGGGAAACGACAUGCAGCAAGGUAUAUGGGCGCCUGCUCUACCAGGUGAGCUACCCGGGCGCCCAGUGCGUAUUGUUUUGAUAGUUUAAUCUGCAUAUUUGAAUAGUGUCACUCGGCUUUGAACCAGACUUCACAUAAGCGUAGUUAGGCCUAUGUAUGUAACAGUAGUUACAUAAUUGUCUAACCACAUUUUGUUUUACACAUUUGCAUUAUUUUGUAUAACCGCAAAUUAUGUAUUAGAGCAUUUUUUUUAUGAGAUUGUUCACAUCUCAUCGCUUGGAUCCAUCAUUGUUAUGGAUGCUAAUUAAUGUUAGCAGUGUAAAUGUGUUUGAGUAAUGUAGUCCAUUCGUUAAAAUUAUGAUAACGUGAGCCACGGGGAUUUGUGCUUUUAAUUUCCUAAUCUGUACAAAACUUGUUUGCUAACUUUUGAAGGGCCCUAUAAAAUCUGUUUUAAUUUUUGUAAUAAUUUUUUGGGGAAUUCCAUUUUUUUGGCUUUAUUUUUUGCCCUUUUGAAUUUUUCGGAUUUUCACUUUCACUUCUAAAAACAGGCUAAUAUGCUUAGUUGACACCAUAUUUUUUUCCCCCCCAUGUGACAACCAACGUGACAACGUAUUGUUACUAGGCAACAUGUUUAACAAUGCCAUUUGGCCGCGGUUUAGGUAGAGACUUUUCUUAGCUCAAACAGAAAAAUGAGAAGGAAGUUUAAAAAAAAAAAAAAGUUUAUUUAAUAUUUCAACAAAAUAUAUUAUAUACGUGUAUAAGAUUUUUUUUUUUUUUUUUUUGACAGGAAUAAAUGUACUUUGAAUUUUUUGUUCAUUUUAAGCAAAAAAUACAAUGUUUUAUGUUAAUAAAAGAGGUGUGGUUUACUU